AUGCCAGACAUUGAGCGCAUUGUAGACCGCAAGCUCAUUAAGCAGCGCGUGCACUACCUCGUGAUCUGGAAAGGAUUCGGCCGUGAAAACAAUACAUGGGAGAGCCGCAUUGACUUGAUGGCCGAUGGCUAUUCACAUGUUAUAAAGGACUUUGAGAACCAACGUAGAGAGUCCGAUAACUUGAAUUCUCGUGGUCGUAGUCCUAGACGUUCGAGGUCUAAAAGCCCAGGAAGGAGCAGAAGCCCAAGUAGGUCAAGAAGCCGCCGUCAUCGCUCGCGCAGCGUCUCAGUGAGUCGCAAUUUACCAGAGAGUGACAACGACGACGUGAAGGAGAGAAAGCACAAGGACAGCCUUGCGAAUACGUCCACACCUUCGCAACGACGAAAAAGUCCUCGUAACAAUGAAAAUAAUGAUAGUAGCAAUGAUCAGGAGGGAGUUCGACGCCGAUCAUCCCGGAAACAGGUUGCAGAUGAGACGUCGCCCUCGACGCGAUUCGUAUCUCGUAUGGAAGAUGAUGAAGACUCGGUGCUUCUACGCUCGACCCUUGCAGCCUUAGUCCCACAGGUGCGGGAAAUGACCUCAAAUGUUUCUUCAGCGAGGUCGGAUGGUAACAAGAAGCCAGUGGUGUUGAUGUAUGAAGAAGAAUCUGGGAUACUUUGUAAGUCACGUGAUGUCAAGAAGACUGCAAGCUCCAAGUCCGGUGCAACCUCUGCAUACAAACACACACAGAUUAGCGCUGGAUCAAAGCUAAUGAAAAGCGGCUAUUUAAUGUCGAUCUUCAGUGUAGCGGUGGUCGUGGGAUCUCUGGUGGCGAGCGAGAUGCUGGCGGAGGUGGAAGAUGAAACGAAACUGUGGCGAAAAUGGUUGUCGUUCCUCACCCCGGUUGUGGCACUGCUUCUUUUCUUUCAUCAGAAAAAUGCGCGUGCUUCGGCAAAGUGGGUAGCCACUGGUCUGGCUUGGCGUGCUGCUGCAGAACUUUUGCUCUUGCUCGAGGUUAUGCCUCGUCAGUUCGAAAUGAUGGUUGCGAUAUCAACCGCUGUCGCUAACAUAUCGCUGCUUGUUGCACUCGUCUCUAUCUUUCGUAACGGCGAGCAUAAGCAGUCCAAAGCAACGCUCGUUCUUGUGACGAUAGGUAUUUUGACCCUUUUUCUUUCGGACAGUUGGGUGAUUUCGACCGGAAAUACGGAAUUGCGGUCGCGCGUUAUCCUUAUGUCAGUAGCUGUUCUGACAAUUGCACUUUCGCCAAUACCGAUGGUAUCCUUAGAGGAUGAUAAUUAG